UCAUCUCAUGGAUUCAAAAUUUGAAAGGGUGGAGAGAUGUAUGUCCUCUUAUAGAGUGGAGGGAGAGUGAUCAUCUGUGUGACUGUGUGUGGGUGAAAGGUACUUUUUUUCUCCCUCUUUUGGUUGGUUGUGUAAUUGUAUUAUAUGGUCUCUAGUCUCUACCGACAAAGAACAGCAAGGAGAUAGAUAAUAAAGGGACGAGAAAAGAGGCAAAGGAGUUUUGGCGAGUUGAGCAGUUUGGAAUGGACACCAGCAAGAGUUCUUCCACUGCUGCAUCUUCUUCGUUGGGAGACCUCGUUCCUGGCUCAUUCAUGGAAGAGGAAGAAGAAUGGCUAUCCAUAUAUGUGGAGGACUGCUUCUCGAGCGCCACAUCCUACAACAACUUCAACCUUCUUCCAACCUCACCGCCGUCACAAACCCCCAAUCCUUCCUCCAAACCGCUGCUCCCGCUUGCAGCGACGGCUUCAACCAAGAGCAGAACCCGAAAGAGGAGGAGAAUUUCCCCAGCAGAUCACACAAAUCUGUCCCUCAGCAUGACCUCAGACCCACCCCUACUGCACCAGGCCCACUGGCUUGCAGACAGCGAGCUCCUCAUCCUCCCCAAGCAGAAGGAACAACAGCCAGAAGAGGAAGAAGAGCAAGAAGAAGAAGAAGAGGUGAAGGCAGCUCCAAGAGAAGCACUGAAAGGAGGAGGAGGAGAAGGGCAGGCAAGGAGGUGCAGUCAUUGUCUGUCACAGAAGACCCCGCAGUGGAGGGCAGGGCCACUGGGGCCCAAGACGCUGUGCAAUGCAUGUGGAGUGAGGUUCAAGUCAGGGAGGCUGCUCCCUGAGUACAGGCCAGCCAAGAGUCCUACUUUUGUGAGCUGCAAGCACUCCAACUCACACAAGAAGGUGAUGAUGAUGAGGAUGGCCUUGAUGAUGCCUUCCAAUUCCAACUCAACCUAGUUGCUCCUCAUAUAUAUGCAGACCUAUAUAUACAUAUAUUUUGCAAAGAGUCCUACUUUUGUGAGCAAGACGAAGAAGAAGUUACGCAGAUAUGUUGUAUGUAAACUAGUAUAUAUUUUGCACAUCUAGCAAAUAGGCUUCUGUUUGUGGACUUAAAAAGCGCUUUCAAGCCACAGAAAGCAGUGCUGAAUAUCUGAUGCCUUCAAAUUCUUAAUGAACAAGGAUGGUUUUGUUUGCCUGUACA